UCCUGCCAGGUUUUCAGACUGCUGCUUUUUGCCACUCAAACCAAGAUACAAGACUUAGCUGAGAAAACGGGCUGCCCUUUCUCAUCUGUUUUUCACCAGCUAAAUGCUGGUUAAACAUCCUCCCCCUUCCAGGCCCUGCUGUGCAGCACAAAAUCCUUCUGCUUAUUUCACUGGCCAUUUUGAAUUGCAGUUACUACUAACUAACCAGCGCAAGCUUUUGGGCAGAUAAGCAAGCACCUUUGUAUCUGAAGAUCCCUGGGUCUUUGAUAUGCGCAUCGCAUGACAUCGCUGGGAACAGCAGUGAAAUGUGGUUUUUGUUUAAAAAUAUGGACUAAAAUAUGUUCUCUGUUUCUCUUGCUUUUAUCAACAGUUGGCUUUGUGCAGCGAGUGCCUGUGCUGCGGUAUAAAUCAACUUAAUUCCUAAGGUACUUUUCUGUGUUAAGGCUGAAAUUCCCAUUUUGGUUCACUGUCUUGCAUUGUGAACUAAAUUAUUUUCAUAGCGCCAGAAGGGCACGUUGUCAGCACAGACUUACUGCAGUUAUAUACCAUAGCCGAAACAUUAAUAUCUCUUCUAAAUAUAGCGUAUUGACAAGGUAUCUGGUAUAGUGUAAAUCCUAGGGACAUUUGAUCCAGAUCAUUAAAACCAAGUGAAGGGAGCAAGGAAUAGAUCAGGUUACUAAUUCAAACAUGCAAUGAAUUAUUAAUUCCUCUAUUAAUACUACCGGCCUCCUACUUUUUAUUUUUUAUUUUUUUUCAGCUAGGCGGCUUUGAGCAGAUCCUUGCUGUUUCAUGACAGUAGAUUUGUUUGCCUCGUAGCAUAGCUGUGUCUGAGGAUGCGGUGUAUUCACUUCGGGUGUCUUGUGGCAAUGACUUUCUUGUGUGUGGCAAACAGGAUGCAUGCUAAGAAAGGUGUCAAAUGUGGCGGAGUCCUCUCCGCACCAUAUGGCAACUUCUCCAGCCCUAAUUUCCCUGGACUCUACCCCUAUGACACCGAGUGCACUUGGCUCAUAGUGGUCACAGAAGGAUCCUCGGCCCUGUUGACCUUUGACCACUUUGACCUGGAAUAUCAGAACAGCUGUGACUACGACUACCUCAAAAUCUACAACGGCUUCUCCGAGGAUGAGGGGAAUCUCCUGGGAAAGUUCUGUGGCAAGAGCUCCCCUCCACCGUUUACUUCUUCCUGGCAUGUCAUGUCCAUCAUCUUUCACUCGGAUAAGCAUGUGGCCAGUCAAGGCUUUUCUGCAACUUACCGGAAAGAUGUUUGUGGGGGAGUGCUCACGGGCCUUUCCGGCGUGAUAACAAGCCCCGAUUACCCCGAGAAUUACCCCAAUAAUGCUGAAUGCCGCUGGAUCAUCCGGGCAGUGCCCAACUCCAUCAUCAAGCUGGUUUUUGCUGACUUUCAGAUGGAAAACAACGAAGGAUGCAAUUUUGACUAUGUGGCCGUCUAUGAUGGGCCCACGAUGGGGAACAUGCAUCUCAGCCACUACUGUGGGAAUAUGAAACCCCCUGAUAUCGUCUCUUCCACGCACGAGCUCCUGGUGGUGUUCAAGUCAGACUUCAACAUAGGAGGCGAAUGCCAGGAAGUAUACACAGCCAUCAAAGGAAAUUUCUCCAGUCCUCAGUAUCCCAACUUUUACCCCAACAAUAUCAAAUGUCAUUGGACCAUCCAGCUUCCCCCAGGAUACCGAAUCAAAGUCUUCUUCCUGGACUUGGCUCUGGAGGGGCGGAACAGUCUAACAGAUGGCUGUGAUUACGACCAUCUGGCAGUGUUUGAUGGAGGCACUGAGAAAGCUUUCCUCCUGGGGAAGUGGUGUGGGAGAGAGAUGCUGUCUCCCAUAACAUCCACUCGAAACAAACUGCUGUUGGUCCUCCACACAGACAGGAACACGGCCAACAGGGGGUUCUCAGUAGCAUAUAUUGGAGUUGUUCCCGUGAACGUCAGCUGCACGCGAACAGAUUUCCAGAUCCAGAUUCCUGUGCAGUCUCUUGCCCAGCUGGAGAGAAAUAAGAUUUAUUUAGGGACCCCAGCCUGUCCUGCCCAAGUGGUUGGCCUGAACUUUAAAAUACACACCAGGUUCGACACCUGUGGUACUGAGUCCCAGAAAAGAAACCACACAUCUGUGAUUGUCAGUAUCCUGUAUAUCGACUUCUCGGCUGGGAACCAGGAGGACAUUCAUGAGUAUGAAGUGCAGUGCGAGCCUAAGAGGAAAGAAGCCUCAGUAAACCUUAUCUCGAGCUCUGACCCCUACCGGCUGAACCAGUACGCGGAGAACCUGGUGGAGUCCCACGGGCAGGAUGCAGAAGCAGUGGAGGCCGAUGAGAGCAAGAGCCAGGACACCAGUGACAUUGUCUUCAUUAGCAUCUGUAUUCUUGCCGGUAUCCUCAUGGUGAUUGCUGUGGUUGGACUCGUGCUGCUAUAGGAUGCUGCCUUUGGACCAAUUCCUCCUUGCCUGCCCUCCCUCCCCGUCACAGACACACAUACACAGCCAGUGUCCUUUCAGCCUAGAUCCUGGGCUUAGAGUUUCAAUGCAGCUGCUAAAAUGGAAGCUCAGCUUCCAUGUCCUGAAACAGAGGUUGGGUUGAACCUCCAUGUGCUUUCUGCUCUCUGGAGAAAUCAGUGCACUAGGGAAACAGCUCCUCUUCUCAGCUGUACUUUUUUUCUUUCAAUCUGUCAAUUGGGUUUAGGAAUCUGAUUCUUGGGUUUCAUGACUCUUCCUACAACUGUUUCCAGUGGUGGGGCUACCGUAAGGGCUGUAAUAUUUUUUGCCUCUGGCUAGAAAUAUCACUAUAAAUAAAUUUUGGCUGAAUUUUAAAAUACAA